AUGCGUUUCAACGCUGCUUUGACUUCUGCCCUGGUCUCCUCGGCCUCCAUCAUGGGCUAUGCCCAUGCUGAGGAGACUGAGAAGAAGCCCGAGACCACCUCCUUGGCCGAGAAGCCUACUUUCACCCCCACCUCCAUCGAGGCUCCUUUCUUGGAGCAGUUCACCGAUGACUGGGACUCCCGGUGGACUCCCUCUCACGCUAAGAAGGAGGACUCCAAGUCCGAGGAAGACUGGGCCUAUGUUGGUGAAUGGUCCGUCGAGGAGCCCACUGUCCUCAAGGGUAUGGAGGGUGACAAGGGUCUCGUCGUCAAGAACGUCGCUGCCCACCACGCCAUCUCGGCCAAGUUCCCCAAGAAGAUCGACAACAAGGACAAGACUCUGGUCGUCCAGUAUGAGGUGAAGCCGCAGAACUCCCUUGUCUGCGGUGGUGCCUACCUGAAGCUUCUCCAGGAUAACAAGCAGCUCCACCUCGACGAGUUCUCGAACGCGUCUCCUUACGUGAUCAUGUUCGGUCCCGACAAGUGCGGUGCUACCAACAAGGUUCACUUCAUCUUCCGUCACAAGAACCCUAAGACCGGCGAGUACGAGGAGAAGCACCUUAAGGCCCCUCCUGCCGCCCGUACCUCCAAGGUCACCUCCGUCUACACCCUGGUCGUCAACCCCGACCAGACCUUCCAGAUCCUGAUUGAUGGCGAGUCCGUCAAGGAAGGUUCUCUCCUUGAGGACUUCAACCCUCCUGUCAACCCCGAGAAGGAGAUUGACGACCCCAAGGACAAGAAGCCCGCCGACUGGGUUGAUGAGGCCAAGAUCCCCGACCCUGAGGCUACGAAGCCCGAGGACUGGGACGAGGAGGCUCCCUUCGAGAUUGUCGACGAGGAGGCUACCAUCCCCGAGGACUGGCUUGAGGACGAGCCCACUAGUAUCCCCGACCCCGAGGCUGAGAAGCCCGAGGACUGGGAUGAUGAGGAGGAUGGCGACUGGGUUCCUCCCACUGUUCCCAACCCCAAGUGCCAGGACGCCUCCGGAUGUGGUCCUUGGUCUCCUCCCAUGAAGAAGAACCCUGACUACAAGGGCAAGUGGUCUGCUCCCUUGAUUGACAACCCCGCCUACAAGGGACCCUGGGCUCCCCGCAAGAUCGCCAACCCUGCCUACUUCGAGGACAAGACCCCCUCCAACUUUGAGCCCAUGGGCGCUAUUGGUUUCGAGAUCUGGACCAUGCAGAACGACAUCCUGUUCGACAACAUCUACGUUGGUCACUCCGCCGAGGAUGCUGAGAAGCUGCGCCAGGAGACCUUCGAUGUCAAGCACCCCGUUGAGCUGGCUGAGGAGGAGGCCAACAAGCCCAAGCCUGAAGAGAAGGCCGCCGAGCCCAGCGUUAGCUUCAAGGAGGACCCUGUGGGUCACAUCAAGGAGAAGGUCGACAACUUUGUCCGCCUCUCUAAGCAGGACCCCAUCAACGCCGUGAAGCAGGUUCCUGACGUUGCCGGUGGUCUUGCCGCUGUUCUCGUCACCAUGAUCCUCGUCAUCGUCGGAGCCGUUGGCGCCAGCACCCCGGCUCCUGCUCCCGCCAAGAAGGGCAAGGAGGCUGCUGGUGCUACCAAGGAGAAGACCGGUGCGGCCACCAGCUCCUCCGCGGACACUGGCAAGGGUGGUGCUACCAAGCGCACUACCCGCUCUUCUGCCGAGUAA